AUGCACCAACCGCCGCCCAACUCAGCCACAGCCCCCAACGCGCCGCCGCAAAUCAUCGUGAACGGAACCCAACUGCAAGUGGUGGAGAACUUCCCGUAUCUGGGCAGUACCCUCUCCCGCAACACCAAGAUUGAUGUCGAAGUCGCCAGCAGGAUCUCGAAAUCCAGUCAAGCCUUCGGUCGUCUCCGAAGCACAGUCUGGAAUCGCCACGGUCUCCAACUGAGCACAAAGCUGAAGAUGUACAAGGCCGUCAUCCUGCCGACGUUACUGUACGGAGCAGAGACAUGGACGGUGUACACGAGACAGGCACGCCGACUGAACCACUUCCAUCUCAGUUGUCUCCGUCGCAUCCUGAGGCUAAACUGGCAGGACUGCAUCCCCGACACCGAUAUGCUGGAACGAACUGGAAUCCUGAGCAUCUACUCCAUGCUGAGACAAAUGCAGCUGCGCUGGAGCGGCCACCUGGUGCGCAUGGGCGACGAGCGACUACCCAAACGACUCUUCUACGGAGACGUCGCGACGGGUUCUCGUCGUCAAGGAGGCCAAAUUCGCCGUUACAAGGAUACCCUGAAGUCCUCCCUGAAAUGCCUGCAAAUCAACCCGACCAACUGGGAAGAUCUCGCCCGCGAUCGUCCGACAUGGAGGAAAACAGUGAAGACGGGCGCUGCUAUCUAUGAAGCCAACCGAAAGCCAAAGCGAAACGCGAAGCCCGCAAAUCACAACUUCGCCCAGUCCGCAACGCCGCCGCACAACCGCUCCCAACGUGUCCUCGAUGUCAACGGACAUUCCGGGCACGAAUCGGACUUGUUGGACAUCUUCAAAUCAACUAUGCCUCUCGAACUGCUCCAGCCCUCUUCCCCCCGCCCGCCUCUUCCUCGUCCUCUCUACCACCAACUAACUCAGAUAACUCUUUCGAACCACCACUUCCAUCCUCCUCGUCGUCCUCCUCCUCCUCCCUCUCCACUGCCCCAGCGGCGGCCGUUCAGACAGCCGUCUCACACAUCACCAACCCCAACACAACUACCGCAACCACCCGCACCUCUCCCGAUCCCAGUGAUGAGGAUCAGGACUGCACCCGCCCUCACUGCCACCGUACCUUCACAUCACGCAUCGGCCUGGUCGGUCACUUGCGAAUCCAUCGCACAGAGACUGGUGAACCUGUGCCUGGAGCACCAACCUACACCCACCGCACUCGCCUCCACUGCCCACAAUGCCCUCGCACCUUCACGCAUCGCAUGGGUCUAUUCGGCCACAUGCGCAUCCACGAGAGCGGAAUUGACCGCAGGCUUGACACACCCACCCCGCCGAGCCCCACUCCCAAUGCACCACUUUGUGCACCCACUAACCACUCCCCAGCCGACAUCGACGCCACCCUUACCACCCUUCAGUCCUCCCCUUACUACUCCUCUUCUUCCUUCACUGCCACAACGACGGCAGCCUCGGCGUCCGUCGCCCACGACUUCACCACAGCCGAACCGGGCACAACAACAGGCACAAGCCCUGCAACCUCCAUCAUCAGACGUGAGGGCCAGGGCUACAUCUGCUUUCACUGCGAUCGCACCUCCACUUCGCGCAUCGGCCUGGUCGGUCGCUUUCGAAUCCAUCGCACAGAGACCGGCGAACCAGUGCCUGGCGCACCAACCUACACCCACCGCACUCGCCUCCACUGCCCACACUGCCCUCGCACCUUCACGCAUCGCAUGGGUCUAUUCGGUCACAUGCGCAUCCACGAGAGCGGAAUUGGCCACAAUUGCGAUACAGCCACGACAUCCAACACGCCCAGACCCAUCCUCGCUCCACCGUCACACGCGCCGACCACCACCAACACCACUGCUUCCUCUACAGCUGGCACCGACACCGCCGACCUCUCAUGCCCACAUUGUCCACGCACCUUCACCUCACGCAUCGGCCUGGUCGGUCACUUGCGAAUCCAUCGCACAGAGACUGGCGAACCAGUGCCUGGAGCACCAACCUACACCCACCAAGCUCGACUCAACUGCCCGCACUGUCCUCGCACUUUCAGGCAUCGCAUGGGUCUAUUCGGCCACAUGCGCAUCCACGACGACCUGCGGUAGCCAACCGCCGGUUACACCACACAUUCACACACUCCCUACCCUCCUCCACCAUCAACAACGCACAUCAACACUCCUCCACCGCAUGCACCAACCGCCACCUUCCACGCAAGUGGAAAGUGUGCUCUCGCCUCGGUCCCCAUGCGGCUUCGGCUGCACGGGUGACUUGAGUCCGAGACUAUCCCGACACGUCAAGCGUCGUGGAUAGGAAGGUUGCUGUUCGACGCCCGCUCUCGGCUCACGCAGUUCGCCACGUUGUAUGUGUAUGUUGUGGGGAGUGGCGGACUGGUGGGCUGGGGACGGGCUGAAGCUGCACCUUCCACGGCCCUCUCACGCAAGUGAUAGUGACGCCUUUCAACCCCCGUUGUGUGAAAUCCUGGUGUUUGUGCGUAUGGGGGGCCAGGUCGUGCUGUGGCGCGCGCAGGCAUGGUCAGUCGACCAUGUCAGCCACCGCGCCCAUUUCCCUCUCCAGUUUGCCGACCGGCUCGGACGGCGGCUGGAGUAUGGGAAUGGGAAGGGAGAGUGAGGUCGACGACUCAGCGCAUUUUCCCCACUAUAAACAAUCUGACGCGCUUCAAGCUAUCACGGUGCGCUAAAAGCCGUGGCUUGGAAGGUUGCCAACUUACGGGGUACCUUGGACCUCCUCCUUCACUGGAGGCGGUCUGAGAGUCAGGCUGCAAUGGCUCCUUUUUAAUGUGGCCUUUAUGGCAUUCCCACCACAGUGUGGGAUCCGAGCCAGGCGUUGGCGGCACGCCCAGGUGCGGCUUCGGCCGUGCCAGCCUCCAAAUCUCUGUUGUGUUGGUUGGAAUCCUGGUUAUUGUUAUGUGGACCAGGGGGUGUGGUGGAACGCCAAGGUGAGGACCCGUCCGAGCCAUCCACCUGCGGCCUCCCUCGUCUCCGGUCUUCUUGACUCUGUCUUGACACCGGGCUCGGACGAGGGAGGAGGAGAGAGUGUAGGUAGAUGCAGCGCAAGUCUACCCGCACUAUAAACCCCUGCGCAAGUCACCGUCCCUGCUCCCACCGCUGCCGCAGCUGUGGGGCACACGGUGGACGUCGUCGAAAUCGACGGUCGAACUGUCGUGUGUUGCCCUCUGAACGGGCCACGUGUUAGAUGCGCUGGACCAACACGGGGGUCACAUCGUACUCUGGCAGGCGUUAUCUGUGCGCAAUAACAAAUGCCAACACUUGCGGGGUGCGCUGGCGGACCCUGUUGUCGGCAUUCGUCGCACAACUGGACCACUGCCACCACCCCAUUGUUUUGCGGUCAAAAUCCUGGUCAUUUGUGUGUGGACCAGGGGGUGCGGAGUGGAGCGCCAAGGCGAGGAUCCGUCCGAGCCAUCCACCUGCGGCCUCCCUCGUCUCCGGUCUUCUUGACUCUGUCUUGACACCGGGCCCAGGCGGGGGAGGAGGAGAGAGUGUAGGUAGAUGCAGCGCAAGUCUACCCGCACUAUAAACCCCUGCGCAAGUCACCGUCCCUGCUCCCACCGCUGCCGCAGCUGUGGGGCACACGGUGGACAUCGUCGAAAUCGACGGUCGAACUGUCGUGUAUGGACUGAGGGUACAUAUGAGGAUGUGCGUUAACUAGGUGGUAAUUGUACCUAAAUGGAGUUUCAGUUGGGGAGAUGUAAAAGCCAAAGUAAUUUGUAGGGUUGUAAGUAGGUGGUAAGGAGUUUGGAAUGCUAGAGUGGUUUGGCUUAUUCCUAUGCCAUGCAGGUGGAUUUUGGGGAGUCGAGAUGCCGUUAUAGAAGCUUGUUUGUUUUUGGUUAGGUUUUGGUGGGCUUCUAUUUGUUACGUCAACAUACCUAGGGCGUUUUGGUUGUGUUGGUGUGCUUAGUAAGGCCUUUUGGUUUAUGUGUCUUGUUUGGCAGUCGUUUUCUAGUACUGAUUGAUCGGUAUUGGGGGAUGUAGUAAAACUUAUACUGCUAUCUAAGGGUGUCACAUGACUCGGUCCUGGAUCUGCAUCAUCGUUCUGUUCUGGUUGAACGUUGUUAUUUUGUUUUGCCUCCCUCGUUUGUUUCUGACCAGCAGUCCUAAAUACUUUUGCAGUUGCGCGUUUUUUAUCAUGAGAACUAGAGUCAGAAGUACUUGCUGGAGGUCCUUCUGCGAGGGCUGUGGGUUUAUCAUUUGGUUUACGCUGGCCUGUGUAUUUCUUUUUAUUAGUGCUAGAGGUAGAAGUGGUGGCUAAAGGUUCAGUUGAGGGACCGGAGUGCUGAUUAUCGUAUUUGUAGCCGGUGUCUUUUUCCCGAAGUUUACGUCUUUGCAUAGGUGUCAGAUCUGGACCUAUAAACGAGUUUAGGUUCCGUAGAUUUCUGUUUACUUCGGGAUUUUGUAAGACAAUCUCAGCUUCCGCCUUUGAGUAGAAGGUUACUAAGACGGGUUUAUUUUUGCUUUUGGAGUGAAGUCUUUUAGUGUUAGCUACUCUGAUGUUUAAGCCACACGAAUGUAUAAAAUUUUGAAUUGAUGGUGUCGGAUUAACGGUGUGGGGUAUAUUACGGAUAAUUAAAUUGAGCCUGCGUUUCGAUCUAUCCGCGACUUCUGACGAAACUAAAUGUAUAAUCGAUUCAAUUUGUGGUAGGCUCGUUAGGCUGUUCGUAAAUUUAUUUGAGUGUGUUAGUGAAUCGAGUAUCGUAAAAAUGUGUUCAUGUUUCUCGAUGAACUUCUGUAAACGGACGAUGGUCGACAGCAAACGCAACAUUAGUCAUGGUUAAAUGGAGAGAGUGUAAUGGAUUUAUGUGUUAUUUUCGACAGCUAAUAAAAAUCGACGCAAAAUCGACGCAGAAAUAUGUCAAAUACUUCAAUUAUAAAUGAAUUUCAACUUAUCUCGAGUCUAAGGAUUUUAAACGGUUGUGCACAAACGGGCCCUGAAGAAGAUGAGGAGGCAAGAGCCGCCUUUGCCUGUUCAAAAGCACUUUUUUCUACCAUAAACUAGUUCUAUCAACGAUUCUUUUCAAGUAGUCGAUGAAGAGGACCGAUUCACCCCCUCAAUUCCUUUGUAAUCUGAUGCGUUCCUUGUCACCAUUAGUUUUGCACGUGCAAGUAUUUGAAAUAGAUUGGCCGGCUUAGUUACUCGUGUUCAGUUUGAACUUGCAACAUCCCGAACUUUCUUACUAGACAGCUAACGGAAUUUCUUCCUCUGCUGAGGAAACUGUUGUCGGUCUUUCUCGAAAAUGGUCUUUUUUCUGACCGUUGGAAAACUUCUAUUAUUAUUCCAGUAUUUAAAUCUGACUUUAGUUUUGAAGUUCAAUAUUUUCGUGGUGUUCAUAAAACGCCCUGUCUAAGUAGAGUGGUUUAAAAAAUCCUUCCCAUCAGGAUUACAGAUUUUUACAUAUGAAAUCAGGUUCUUAGCGUCCACCAGCAUGGUUUGUCAUUUGAGCGGUCCCUUUCGUUUUGACUUGCAUUAAUAAUAUUUUGUCGGCACUUAGAUACUAAAUCGUUUAUUGAUACCGAUCAUCUCAAGUCCGCAUUUUCUUCCUCUAAAUCUGCCGCCCAAUAAUUUCUGGAACAAAUCCAUUCUGGAAUGCUCAUUAUUUUCGCAUGAAGCUCAACAUGGUUAGUUGAAUUUUCUCUUUCUAAAUGUCGCUACAUGUGUUUUGAACCUAAAACUGUGCCCCACGUAGUGAUUUUUGUAGACAUCCCUAUUACUAAAUGUUUUGUCCGCAGGGACUUAGGCUUAAGCUACUCCAAUAAUCUAGAUCUCUCGCUGUACGCUAGUAGAAUUACGGUCGAAGCUGCCCAGGUAUGUGGUUUCGUUCCUAAAAAUGUUUACUAAAUGACAUUACAUUAGAACAUACUGGAAUGUUUGCCAUUCCCAUUCUCGAAUGUUUGGGUACAUUCUUUAGUGUACUAAAUGAGGCUAAUCUUUCUAGUAUUAAAAGAGCUCGAAGGCAUUUUCCUGAAAAAUGCUUCUUUUUAACACGUCCAAAUACUUCUUAAUCAAAUAGACGUUAGCUAUCCAACUUAAAGUUUAUACAAAUUCGGAGAUUAGGAGUUGACUUCUGCCUGCGGUUUCGAUCAAUAAUAGUUCAAAUGUUCUUCGGACUUCAUUCCUUACUCCUGUUAAUUACCCAUACAGCCUUCGUUUAUCUUAAUUGGUUAUGCCUCUUUCUAGCCUAUUUCCUCCACUUUUAAACGUUCUCCCUUUUUUUCUUCCGACUAUAUCUUUACUCGAAAUAACCUGUCAAUCGACAUUUAAUCGUCAAAUAGACUAUGUACUUUUAAGAAAACCCUGGAUCAACCCUUUAUCUUCCUCAUCCUUUUCAGUGACUCUGCGCAAGUACAGUUGGGCAUUUAAGACGUCGCCGCUAACCUACUCGUCCGUGCAGGUUUCCCUCUCCACAUGCGGGUUCACCUUCCCCGAUCUCUCAGCAGGAAUCUCAAUGUUCUCCCCACACUCAUCGCACCCUUCUCGUAACGUGAUGUCCUCCUUUGCCAAGAACCCACAGAAGUAAACCGGGUCAUCUGACCUGUCCGCUCUAGACUACCUCCGUUUUGCCCGCCACCAAACCCCACCAGGAUUCCGUCCUUCCUACUGGAAUGCCUGGAAUCUCACGAGGAGUCUGAAAUCUUGAUGACGCUCCGUUCUUACUCGCUGCUAUGCUUUUCUUGUCUCAUACCACUCUCAGAAAGAACCCACCCUGCUCCUCUACACCCCUUAAUAAUAAUUUAUUAAAGACUCGUCGGGGUCCCAUCAAAGCAAAAUGCUUUUUCCUGAAAAAAAUUUUUAAAUAGAGGUUUCCCUGAACUCUAUAGCCACUUUUGCUCUCGGGAAUUUUUUCACUACUUGGCUCGUAUUUCACUAUUAUUUUAUAAGAUAACUUACAAUUUGACAUCUGUGGAUAGUAUCAUCAAAAGCAUCGUACACGAAAGGGCAAAUUGCCGGCGGUCGUGAAAAAACGUUUACUCUAUACAGCACAGUUUCCGAAUUUUACCGUGCAUUAGACCUUUCGGGAAAACCAUCAUUGUCUACAAAGUCUGUUUUUGCCAAUUUACUGCUAACCUUUUUGCGCAGUGACCUCUGAGUGCUUAAAAACAAGCUAUUAUAAGGGUUCAAUAUUUAAAUGACGGCCUUACUUCCUAAAUUUAUUCUCGUCUGGUGUAAUUUGCUUUCGUUCGCCUGAGGCGGCUAUGAGGUCAUUUUUUUCCUCAUUACUGUGUUAAGAAUGUUGUAUCAUUCAUAUGCGGAGCAAAUCGACGUGCUCGUCCACGGUCUCUCUCAGGUUUGCCUUCGCAGACAGUCGAAGUUCUGGAUACUCAUCUUAGGUUUUGUUUUCGUACCCAGCCAGUAAAGCCGAAUAUCACCAUGUCAUUUAUUUGCAAAAGACAAGACCUGUAAACCACUUAAAUGUCUCCCAACUUAGAAGACUUAUCAAAGGCUAAUUUACUCCCUUCCCACGAAUAGAUGUCACCGUGGCUGUCAAAUGAAAACACAGACCAUGGCUCAUAAAGAAGAAGGAAUUCGUCUGCAUUUAUUCUUCGUGGCAUAUCAGAUGGCCAACCUCCUAGUACAUCCCUUUACACUUAGAGGACCUAUGGAAAAAACAGAAUAGAAGCAGAUAUGAUUUUCCAAAAUAGGACCAACUCGCGAACUGCACUGCCUGACUUGUACGUUACAAUCGCCGGAUUGUUUACUGUUAAAGAAACGGCAUGACUUUCGUUUGGGUUUCAGUAUGAUAAAAAUUGACUUAUGGCUGUGUUCGCUGCAACCCUACAAUGUUGCUCGCAUCGGAACCCGAUUUUGACUGAUUCAAGUGGUAUCUUUUGGUCCGCAGUCUCGUAUUAUUAAGCUGAUGCUGUCGCGACCUUCAGCAUGGGAAGCAUCUGAAAUUUCUUAUUACCACGCCUAACUUUUCGAUUAUUUCACGCAUUAGUCCUCAUUUAUGGGUGACAAAAUUAUGGAAUUUUAACGUGUGCGGAUUCUGUUUUCUCAUGGAUUUCACACGUAUAAUGGCCACAUCCUCUCCAUACUUGACAUGCACACUGAAUAGAUAUGCUGGGUUUAGUCAUGAGGACUUUAAUGAAAAGUCCUGAUUAUAGCUUACCCGAGGCUGAUUAAGAGCCAGCCACCAUAAAUAAACUUUUUUGAUGCAAAACAGGCUCGGGAAACAAUGUUAUUCGAAGCUAUGUUGAGGUUUGCGAAGUGCUAAUCUGAUCAGCAUUUUGCGGAAGGGAAUCGUCGGAAUCAUACUCGUAUGUCAGGGAUAUGUGCUGUUCAUACGAAGGCUGGAUAAGCUCUCGUGCUUUUGCAAACUUCGAUGCAAUUUUUUUGGAGCUUGCAGAAAGAUUUUUAGGAAUUAGAAGUCGUCUCACCAAGUGCAUGGCAUAAAAUUAAUUCCAAGGAACUUUGGUGAUGACUAGAUGUCAAACAGAGACUUUACUAGCAAAUGAGCAGUCUGAUGUCGAUCAUACUUCUUUAAAGGAAAAGUAUUCAUUUUCUGGUUAUUUAUUACUACAGAAAUAAGAGGAUUGGCGAUAUGGCGUGAGGGUCCCUUGUUUAAACCUAUGGAUAGUUCAGGGGCGCGGCGCUCGAGGUACGCUCGUGAAUUUGGCUGUAGUCAUGUUUUUACCAACUGUUGUUCCUAGAUGGUGCAUUACACUCGCUUCGUCGAGGUUGGACGUGUGGUCUACAUAGUUUUUGGCUCACACCAAAAGAAACUUGCUGUUAUUGUGGAGAUCAUUGACCAGAACCGGGUUCUCAUCGAUGGCCCUUGCACUGGUGUUCCCCGAAGGCCAAUUAAUUUGAAAAAAGUGCACCUAACCGGCAUUACCAUGAAGCUUCCUCCUAAGUGUGGAACGCUUGGUGUAAAGGAUAUAUGGCUACGAAGCAAAAUUGAUAAGAAGUGGCAGAAGUCGAAGUGGGCUCGCAAGAUCGAAAAGAAGAAGAUCCGCGCUGGUCUCACCGACUUUGAACGCUUCCAGGUCAUGGUCGCCCGUCAGAAGGUAAAUAGCGUGCUUAAUUAUUUUGCUUAUUUCAUUAAUGAUGACACGAAGAGCCGUCUGCCCCAUGCUGAUGCCUUUCUUUUACUGACGCAAUGGGCCUACCGUUGCCCCUCGCCAAGUGCUCGCUGACCGAAACCAAAUUUACUUUUAGCGGAACAGCAUCAUCAGGAAUUUCCGAAUGCGGAAGUGUACCAAGGCCGCCCUCGUGAAGAUGGGACACGCGAAGGCGAAGAAGACGGCAUGA